UUUUCAGCUGAUAAUUUUUGAUUCACGCCUGGGAAAUAAAGAAGGAAAACAACAUGAAAAAAUACUAUACUAUUAUCCCAAAUAUGAUGUCGAUCAUCAAAUAAAAUAUGUUGGCUUGUGUGAUGCCUUUAUAAAAUUUAUGAAUGCAUUUGGAAAACAACAAGACUGUAAAUAUAUUAUAACCAUGGAUUCCACAUAUGUAUAUUAUCAAUUUGAACUUUCACUUUGGGUUACAGUGAUUAUCCAAAAUGUUCAAAAUUGUUUGAUCAACAAAGAAGGUAUGUUAUCACUACUCAAGAAGACUUUAUUUGAAUUUAAACUGCUAUAUGGACCAUUCCAGAGGUUAUGUUGCCAUCCCAUUGAUACAGAGGGCCAAAAUUUUUUAGCGUUCAAAUUUCUACUGGAGAACUUUUUCGAUAAGUUUGCUCAAAACUUAUCCAACAAUGAUUAUCGCCACGUUUCGCCCCCACAAUUGAUGAUAGAAAGUUUCAAAUACCCCGAGCGAGAUAAUUCCUAUCUCCCUUCUCGCGAACCCAUGCAAAGAGACUCCUUCUUGGAACUCCAGUCCGAUUUGGCGUCGUUCGAAGCGAUUUAUCAACUCAAAUCGGGUUUGCUUUACACCCUAUUUUUCAAGCGUCAUAAAUCCGUCAUUUGGACCAGUUUGGAUGAGGGAGAGGAGUUUGGCGCAACAAAUAACGAAACAAACAUCACUAAUACUAUCCCUAAUUUAUCAACGACCGUUUUAUUAGAUUACCUAAGUCGGGUAUCGCAAACAGUUUCGCCUCACCAUAAUUCUGUCAGCGAAAUGCAAUAUGCCUGUGGCAGUGGAGAUAAUAGGGAUUUCAUGGUGGCUAGCAAUGAUCGAAUGUUAAAUGGCAGAUUUUUAACUUACGAAUCUCUUCCAACGACCUCAUCAAAUAUAGACCUAAAUUUACAUCCGCGCGCAAUGAUAUCUGAUAUUUAUUUGCAUACAAAUGAAUACGCGGAACCUUACGUAUUAAUCGCUUAUCAAAUUUUUUCCUAUAUCUUCGCCAUGAUAUUCGAUAAAAAUAAAAUCGAGCCUUUCGUGUCGGACCAAACUUCCGACACUUACAAAAUAUUUUUUGACGAAUUACGAAUGGAGUUAAAUGGGAGAAUCGGCAAAAAAUAUUUACACAUUCCUUCUACUAGCGUUGAGUCAACUCCUGAGUUUAAUAGCAGUACAAAUAAAGCUCUACAAAAUGCCAAUUUUAUCGUUUUCAAUGAAAAUUUGUCGACAUUCUAUAGCAACUUGCCUUUAUAUACGACCAUUCAUUCAAAUUUAUUCUUAAAUCUAAUCUCAAAUUUAUUGUCUCGGAUGAAUACGGACACAGAAAGGCUUCCUCCAGGAUCGAAUAUUUUGGUGAAAAUCGAAAAUGAUUCUAAAAAGAAUAUUUAUUGGUUAUCAAUUAAAUCUAAAUGGCCUAAACAAUACCUCGUAAUUUGUCCCGUUUCAAAAUCCAUAAGCUCCUUAACAGCGUCGGAGUUUGAAUGCGAAAUCAAUAAUUUUAUAAACCGUUUAUGAAUUAUAUGUAUAUAUAUAUACUUAUUAUUCCCUUUUGUUUAUUAAGUUUAUUUAUAAUAAAAUAUUGAUUUAAUUUAUAACACAAUAAU